AUGGCUGCCACAAUUCAGCAACAGCCCUCAGAACAACCCCAUCAGACUGGCUUCCUUGAUCUCCCCGUCGAGAUCCGCCUGGAAAUCUACGACCAGCUCCUCCGCACAACACCCUACACAAAGUGCUGUCGCCCCGGUCCCGAUUCCAAGGUGCACGCCUCUCUCCUCCGCACCAACCGCCAGAUCCACGACGAGGCCACCGACCUCCUCUACGGCUCAAAUACCUUCCUCGCCCACCCGACACUCCUCACCUCAUUCCCCCGCCUGCGCGCUUGGUACGGCCCCGUCAAGGAGUCUUCCAUCAUCCCCCGCAUCCGCCGCUUCCACACCCAGGUCCGCCUGGACGUCGACCUCCCCUACGAGGCCGACGCCGUGACAGAAGCAUUCAGCGGGCUUGACGAGCUCUCCAUCGACGUCGUCCAGGCCAUGUUCCUCGGCGUCGGCUACCGCAACCUCCGCAAGUUUGAGGGCGUCCGCGGUGUCAAGAAGGUCCGCAUCACGGGCAGCACCACUGGCUUCGAGGACUACGUCCAGUGGCUCAAGAUGGCCAUGAUGAGCGAACCCGACGCCAAGGUCCCCGACUUUGUGCCUCAGCAACAAGCCGGCUGGGUCCAGCGGUUAGCCAACGUGCACUACUAA